UCGAAGCCGUCUGGUUAUCUCCUGUUAAAUCACAUCUUGUCUCAGCCGAUUUAACACAUCUUUGAUCAUGGAAAAUAAUUUCUACUGGCGAAACAAAGUGGCUGUGGUCACUGGCGCCUCGGUGGGCAUUGGAGCCAGCACAGCUGUGGAGUUGGCCAAUGCCGGAAUGGUGGUCGUGGGACUGGCUCGUCGAGCGGAACUCAUUGAAGCUCUCGGGGAACAAGUGACGGGCGAGGGAAAGAUCUUUGCCCGGCAAUGCGACCUCAAUGAUGAGGAGCAGUUGACCAGUACUUUUAACUGGAUUCGAGAGAAAUUCCAGGCCAUCGAUGUGCUCGUCUGCAACGCUGGCAUCCUUAAGGCCAACUUCCUGAGCGAGUCGCCAACCAAGGACAUAAAGGAGCUGUUCGACACGAAUGUCGUGGCCACCGCCAGCUGCCUGCGGGAGGCGCUGAAGCACAUGGCUGCGGUUAAGGUUCGCGGUCACAUUGUGGUCAUGAACAGGUGA